GGAGGCGUGUGCUGUUUGUGAAGAGGGCUCUUCUCAUGGAAGCGGAACUCAACGAGAGGUGAAUCGGAAUUCUGACUGUCAAACGAAAAAGGAGCUGAAAACGGUGUAUUGUUCUUGCCAUUCAGAGGCUGGUGGCAUCGAGAAAACUCACUUACGCACAACAUACACAAAAUGUUCCGCUUGCGAGCGUUGACGGCAGCGGGCGUUGGCAUGGUGCAGUUGUCAAGACGAUACCACAGUAGCACGGCACGGGCGCCCCAGAGGAGGAGACUGCUGCUGGCGGCGGCCCUGGCAGGCGUGACGGGAGUGACGGCCAGCACGGGACUACUCUGGACCAGAGCGUAUGCAGAGGCGGCCCCCGUCUCUCCCGAGGAGCGUUUGGAGGAGAAGGAGGAGCCAAUGAAAGACUCCGCCCCUGAGGAGGUGGUGUCAGAGGGCGCGAUGGAGUCCAGCGGCAGCAGCGGGGAGGAGGAGGAGGGCGAAGAGGGGGGCAAGAAGAAGAAACCACGCGUCGGCUUCAGAGACCGCAAGGUGAUGGAGUAUGAGAACCGCAUUCGGGCCUACUCCACGCCGGAUAAGAUCUUCCGCUACUUCGCCACCCUGAAGAUCAUCAGCGAGGCGGGGGACUCCGAGGUCUACAUGACCCCCCAGGACUUCAUACGCUCCAUCACGCCCAACGAGAAACAGCCAGAGAAUCUGGGGCUGGAUCAGUUCCAUGUGAAGCGCUACGAUGGCAAGGACUUCUGGCAGACAGAGAAGAUUGCUCAGGAGCGUGAGAAGUUUGCGGAUGAGGACAGUAUCUUCUACAAGCUGGGGGAGUGCGGACUCAUCUCCUUCUCAGACUACAUCUUCCUCAUCUUCUUCCUCUCCACACCCCAGAGGAAUUUUGAGAUUGCCUUCAAGAUGUUCGACCUGAACGGCGAUGGGGAGGUGGACCUGGAGGAGUUUGAACAGGUCCAGAGUAUCAUCCGUUCCCAGACCAGUAUGGGGAUGCGUCACCGUGACCGCUCCACCACGGGCAACACCCUGAAGACGGCGGGCUGCAGCUCGGCCCUCACCACCUACUUCUUCGGGGCCGACCUGAAGGGCAAACUCACCAUCUCCAGCUUCCUGGAGUUCCAGAGGAAACUGCAGCACGACGUCCUCAAGCUGGAGUUUGAGCGUAAUGACCCAGUAGAUGGUCAUAUCUCGGAGCGGCAGUUUGGGGGCAUGCUGCUGGCCUACAGUGGAGUGCAGUCCCGCAAGCUGAAGCAGACGCAGAAGGCACUCAAGAAGAUGUUCAAGGACGCACAGGGCAUCACAUUUGAGGAGGUGGAGAACUUCUUUACUUUCCUGAAGAAUGUGAACGACGUGGACACAGCUCUCAGCUUCUACCACAUGGCAGGGGCCUCCAUAGACAAAGCCACUAUGAAGCAGGUGGCGCGCACCGUGGCCAAAGUGGAGCUGUCAGACCAUGUGUGUGACGUGGUCUUUGCACUCUUCGACUGCGAUGGUAAUGGUGAGCUGAGCAAUAAGGAGUUCAUCGCCAUCAUGAAGCAGCGUCUGAUGCGGGGGCUGGAGAAGCCCAAGGACAUGGGCUUCACGCGGCUGGUGCGUGCCAUGUGGAAGUGCGCCCAGGACACCGCCUGGGACUUCGCCACCCCCAAGGCACACUAGUCAGGGGACACAGAGGAGGGGGCGUAUACUAAGGCACAUGGGGGACAGAGAGGGGGGAGAGGGG